AUGGCUGCCAUCUUUUCUUUCCGUCUCACAACGCUUGCUCCGCACUCCGCAACACUCCCAUCCACACCGUUAAUCAACAAACGCGCCUCCUUGUCCCUCAAUCUCAGUUACCCCCGCUCCAUUUGCGGCCUCCGCCCCCUCCUUCUCACCCAAACCCUCCAUGGUGGCUUCCGCGUCACGGGGAGCGGGAAGAUAAUGAGGAGGAGAGCAGGGAAGCAGCAUUUGCUCAGGAAGAAGAACACCAAGAGGAGAUUGAGACUCUCUAAAUCGAUCCAAGUUGAUCGCAGCGAUUACGACAACGUGAUAGGCGCCUUGCCCUAUUUGAAAGUAAACCGGGCUAACUGA